AUGUCGACUAUAUAUCAUUUUAGUAAUGAAACUAAGAAUCAAAUCAAAAAAUUCAGAACAGCGACUGCCAGGUCGGAUGACAUACAGAUCCAAUCCAUCAAGAUUCAACCAAAGCCAUCUUACGAGAUCAUAAUCGAUGAUGACGAAGAUUUAGAAGAUUUCAACCGGUUGGAAGAUUUGGCUGAACUACUGCCUGAUAAUAUGCCGAGAUUUGUGCUUCUAUCCUAUCCAAUGACCACAAGAGAUGGAAGGAAAAAGACCCCGCUCGUAUUGCUGUAUUGGAAACCAGCCACUGUGGUAUCACAAGAAUGGAAGAUGCUAUAUGCAGGUGCUUUGGAAAUGGUGAGAGCAGAAUGUGCAGUUAAUAAGUACAUUGAGGUGUCAUCCGGACUAGAAGAUGAAGACGAUAUAGAAGAAUUGAAACAAGAGAUCGAAGCUAAGUAA